GGGGUGCGCCCCCUGGCGGCGCAGGGACCGCCCCCAACCUCGCGCCGCCGCCGCCCGCCUCAGCCCAACAUGGCGAUGCACAACAAGGCGGCGCCGCCGCAGAUCCCGGACACCCGGCGGGAGCUGGCGGAGCUCGUGAAGCGGAAGCAGGAGCUGGCGGAAACGCUGGCAAACUUGGAGCGACAGAUCUAUGCUUUUGAGGGAAGCUACCUGGAAGACACUCAGAUGUAUGGCAAUAUUAUUCGUGGCUGGGAUCGGUAUCUGACCAACCAAAAAAACUCCAAUAGCAAAAAUGAUCGAAGGAACCGGAAGUUUAAGGAAGCUGAGCGGCUCUUCAGUAAAUCCUCAGUUACCUCAGCAGCUGCAGUAAGUGCAUUGGCAGGAGUUCAAGACCAGCUCAUUGAAAAGAGGGAGCCAGGAAGUGGGACGGAAAGUGACACUUCUCCAGACUUCCACAAUCAGGAAAACGAGCCCAACCAGGAGGACCCUGAGGAUCUGGAUGGAUCUGUGCAGGGAGUGAAACCUCAGAAGGCUGCUUCCUCUACUUCCUCAGGGAGUCACCACAGCAGCCAUAAAAAGCGAAAGAAUAAAAACCGGCACAGGAUUGAUCUGAAGUUAAACAAAAAACCACGAGCUGACUAUUAGAAGACACAUUAGUGCAGAAGCUUCCAGGCUGUAGAGCCCUGCUUCCCUUCUCUGACCUCACAAAGAUAAACAUCGUUCACCUGAGUUCGUGGCCAUCCACCUCUGCUCUCCCAGACCCAGUGCCUGUGACUUUGAGUAGUUUGUUCUAAAUGUGGUGACAAACAAGUCAUUUCUGUAAGACAUUGGAUCUUACUUUAUGUCAUUUCUAGUAACAGAACUGCAGGAAGAUCAAGACAAUGUUAUAAUCCCAGCAAGUUGCUAACUGUGCGUUUCUCCCUUCUUAGAAUGAAUGUCUCCCCCCAAACUGGCUGGCACCAGCUUCAUCUGUGAUACCCAUCAAGAAAUGUUCUCUGGUUUUGUUUUAUGCUGAAAGUAGAACACAAGUCACAUUUCAGAUGGAGGCUGUAAAUAUCUGGCAUUUUCUUACAUUGUUUUAUGUGUUCUUGUUUUUUUCUUGUUGUUUUUAUCUUAUUUUCUUUGGGGUUUUUUUGUAAUGCCUUUGUAUAGCUCAUACCUUCCUGCUGACAUAUCUGAUCAUCUUUUUCAUGCAGUUGCCGAUAUUCAUAACUGAAAAUAAUCUGGUUUAUCGUAAGUGAAAUGGGAAACUUGGCUCUGUUUUUUUGCAAGGAGAGGUAAAGAGUGUUUAUUUAGUAAUUACCUAUCUUAAAUCUUUCUGAGUUGGUAGCAGAUUCAUGUUCAAGGAGCAGGAAAAAUGGAAAAACAUAAGUUUAAAUCAAUUCUUUUUAAAUAGCUAUUUUUAUUCUUUUGUAUAAAUAAAAUUUCACAGGCUUCAAAUUCUCAUGCUUUACUUUUAAACUCAAGAUUGUUUUUUCACUUAUUUUAUUUAUUCAUAUCAUGCCUUAUGGAAAUUUCUUUUUCUGUAUUUUCUGUCUUUGCUGGUAUUCACCUGAUUAAAUAUUGCUCUAAAAAUCA